ACGAAAAUCCGAACUCCUCUCCAAAUGGCGUCUUCCUAAAACCCUAAGCCAAGCCAAAGCCGGAGAUUUCUGAAAAUCCCAUCAUUCCAUCUGAUUCUUCCCCCUUCUGGAUCGUAAUAUGGUCGAUGACCAAAUUGAGCUCGAACAAUCGCCGGUUUCUCGGAAGGCGAAGUCCCUGGAGACCUUGAUCGGCGGUUCUUUUCCGGCCUCUCUGUCAAAGCUCUCGUCGUCUUCUUGUGCGAUUCCGGCUAACAAGGACUUCCAUUUUUUCUACAACUUCGACGAGUUCAAGCGUCCGACCGAUGGCAUUGCCGGGAACUCGCAGUCCGUUCUCGAAACGAUCGGUGACUCGCCGCAGGUCUGGGGGAAACCGAUGUUAUUGAGCGGCGAUAUCGACGGAGACGAUGCAUACGACUGGCUUGUGAAUGUUACCGAUGCUAUUUAUGAGAGGUUUGAUGAUUCGAUGGAUGAGUUCGACAGGAUUCGGAAGAAAGAGGAGGAAAUUGGUCGGGCAUUGGGUCCCGUGACUGAUGAGAAUGGGUUUCAGAUGGUCUAUGGGAGGAAGCAGAAGGCGGUAGGUAGCGACGGUGCUGUGUCGGCGAGGGGGGGCGGCGGCGGUCGCGGCGGAGUUAUUGAUGUGAAGGUGGCCGAGAGGGAUAAGAAGGUGUCGGUUUCGGGUAAGGCAAAGGUUCCGUUCCAUAUGCCGACGAUAAAGAAGCCUCAGGAGGAGUAUAACAUAUGUGUGAACAACGCAAACCAUCCCUUUGAGCAUGUCUGGUUGGAGAAGCAUGAGGACGGUCAGCGGUUUAUUCAUCCCCUGGAGAACCAUUCAGUAAUGGAUUUCGUGGACACAAACAUAGGAGAGACAGAACCUGUUAAGUCCCUCCCAAUGAAAGAGACUCCAUUCAAGUUUGUUCAAGAGGUCAAAGAUCUGAAGGAUUUAGCUGACAAAUUGUGCGGUGUUGAGGAGUUUGCGGUUGAUCUGGAGCAUAAUCAGUACCGAUCUUUUCAAGGCUUGACAUGCUUGAUGCAAAUUUCUACCCGGACCGAGGAUUAUAUUGUUGAUACGUUCAAGCUUCGGGUUCACAUAGGUUCUUACCUUAGGGAAAUAUUCAAAGAUCCUAAAAAGAAAAAGGUAAUGCAUGGAGCAGAUCGAGAUGUUAUUUGGCUUCAACGGGAUUUCGGCAUAUAUAUCUGCAAUCUCUUUGACACAGGACAGGCUUCAAGGGUUUUGAAGUUGGAAAGAAAUAGUCUUCAAUUUCUUCUGCAACAUUUUUGUGGAGUUACUGCGAAUAAAGAGUACCAAAAUGCUGACUGGAGAAUACGACCACUUCCAGAUGAAAUGAUCAGAUAUGCAAGAGAAGAUACACACUAUCUUUUGUAUAUUUACGAUUUGAUGAGACUUCAAUUACAAACAGUACCCAAGAAAGAUGAGCAAUCUGACUCUCCUCUGAUUGAGGUCUACAAGCGUAGCUAUGAUGUGUGCAUGCAAUUAUAUGAGAAAGAGCUUUUGACCGAGAAUUCAUACCUUCACAUAUAUGGGCUUCAAGGAGCUGGCUUUAAUGCAGUUCAACUUGCCAUUGUUUCGGGACUCUGCCAAUGGCGUGAUGCCAUUGCACGUGCGGAGGAUGAGAGCACUGGUUAUGUGUUGCCAAAUAAAACUCUGCUUGACAUAGCCAAGGAGAUGCCUGUUACUACUAGCAAACUUCGUCGAUUGUUGAAGUCAAGACACCUUUAUAUCGAACGGAAUAUUGACUCAGUGAUCAGUGUCAUCAGGCAAUCAAUGCAAAACGCUUCAGCAUUCGAGGCUACUGUUCAAUCUUUGAAAGAAGGGCGGCUUGAAACUGUCUCGUAUAAGAAUAGCAAGCCUACCCCCAAAGGAAUAGACGAGUCUUCUCGGGCAGGAGAUGCAGUCUCUCCAAAAUCGAAGGAGAGGUCCUUGCAGGGCGUAAGUAAUAACAACAGCUUCAGCACGGUAUCGGUAAAUACUGAUGAAGGGAGAGGUCUAGCUGCAGGCUUGUUUAGUUCGGAAAAGGUUUCUGCAGCUGUUCAGAUCUCGAAGACACCAAGCAGUGGUUUCGGGGCAUUGUUGGGAAAUGCAGCUUCGAAGAGGAAGUUCGGAACUGACAACAAGCCAAAGGAAAAGAUCAAACUCGAACAGAUAAGAUCUUCGGUGAGCCUACCGUUCCAUUCUUUUAUGGAUAAAAGUCUGGACCAAACAUCUCAGAUGGUCUCCAGAAAACCCGAAGGGGGUCCCACCAAACCAGUCUUUGUGUACAAGCCAGACAAUGUAAUAGUUCUGGUAGACGACUCAGACGAAGAGCCCUUGGGACCCCCAGUAGCACCAUCUUCAGCAUCAGUGACUCUAAAGUCCGAAAUCUCUGGUUCCAAGUCCGAGGAUGUUAUACUUCUGGAUGAUAACUCUGACGAGGAACCUGAAACCGAUGGCGAAUCACGGACCUGUGAUGCAGCAAAGGAAAAAGAAUCUGCCCAGAAAGUGGAUGGGGAAGAUGGACCAAUGUCGCUCUCCGAGGUCUCCUCAAAAUUUCCGAAGUGCUUCAAGCAGAAGGAGAAGCCUUCGGCAUUCAUGAGUCUGAAACCCGGGUUUCUAAACUUAAAGCCGUACGAUUAUGAAGCAGCUGCAAGGAAGGAGAUCAGAUUCAGGGAACCCGAGAAAGGAGAAGGAGAAGGAAAAGGAAAAGCGAAAAGAAAGAGAGUUGGUGAUUCGGAGGGUAAGAAAAAGGGCUUGGAAACGGUGAAGGUCGAUGAGGCGACGGAGUUUGGGCAGGGAAAACGGCGUCAGGCAUUUCCGGCGUCGGGAAACCGGAGUAAAACGUUCUUGAGUUAGAAAAUGGUGGUGGUGAGAAGCUUGUUUCAUAAACUCUUGAAUCCGGUGAAAACAAACAUUCCGAUGAUAUUCAGAAUUAGCGGGGUUAGUGUUUAGUGUUUCAGCUGUUUUGUUCUAUUAGUAUAUGAUCUUAGGAGCACAAAUUAUCACAUGGUAAAAUUUAUUUUAAUCA